GAGCACCAAACCGGGGAAAGGCAAAUCGAUCGAAUAUCUUGGAUAAGCUUAACUCAGAAAAGAAAAUUAUUUCUGGUGGUUUUCCAAUUUAUCAUCUUUUUUUUGUUAAUGCAGUAGCCAUUACCCAUAACAGUACAGUAUGGCAUCAUUAUCUUGCUCCAUUUCCUCUCCAUUAACCCAUAAACUUCUUUGUCACAACAAAAUCCAACGAACUUACCUUCCACUUCCAAAUUUCCGCACUAAUUCCACAUUUCAUAGCAUAAAAACUCAGGCCAUAAACUCAAGUAAAGCAACUACAGUGCCUGAGCAAGAAUUGGAUAUAGCAGAAGAAGAUUCAUUGGGCAUCGAUAAUCUCCAUCGCUUUGUACAACUUAACCUCGGUAGUUGGACUGGUACUUUUCAUCAAUUUGAUGCUAACGGGAAGCUUCUGCAUAAAAUGACCACCAGGCUUUCAGCAGGCUCUUAUGGUGAAGACGAGCUUAUUAGUCUCAUCCAGACGUUGUACAUAAAACAAGCUCCAUCAAGCACUUCCUUUUCUGGUGAUGAGGAGGAGCCAGAGUGGGCAGAGUACAAAAUUAAAGAAAGCAACAUGUUCACCGUGGACAAGUAUCAACAGAUUGGCUUUUUUCCAAAUGAGAGGGCAUUUGCCCUAAGAUACCAGACAGCUGGUAUGUUAGAAACUGUAUUACGUCAGGGAGUUCUUGGGGAAGAUGACACCGGAGAGGAAUCUCCCAGAAAUUUGAAGCUGCCCUCUACACGGCCGUCUAUUGUGUGUGAGAAUUGCCUUUAUUCAAUUAACAAAGAUGUGCGAGCUAGAGCGUUCCAUAUCAUGGACCCAAGAGGACUUCUAGAGAUGCUUCUUAUAUUUCUUGAAGAGAGAGGAGGUGUUGUUGAUGCACCGCCUUCAUUAGUAGAUUCAGAGGAUGACAUGAACAGGCUUUUACCUUUUCUUGGUCGAUGGAAGGGUUGUUCACUCACUAAACGCAGUGGUGUUUAUGGUGCAACAAUGGCUGAAUACGAUACUGUAGCUUUGCUAGAAAUGGAUGAAAAUGGUCAGUUGAUCCAGGAAAUAAGUUCAACUGCAAAAGGAAGCGAUGUCACUACUAAUGUUCAAUGGACGGGCACAGUUUGUGGGAACUUAAUAACAUUUGAUAAAGGUUUUCAGUACACUUUGUUGCCUGGAGGUAUGUAUAUGGGAUGCCCUAGUAAUUUGGCUAAAAGUGUGGCAGAAUCCAAGUCUUUUCAUCUUGAAUUUUGUUGGCUUGAGUCAUCUGAUAAAAGGCAGAGGUUAGUACGCACUUUUGAUAUAGAAGGUUUGGCUGUGUCCUCAACCUACUCUUUUGAGACAAAGAUGUAAUGCAACCCAUCUUGAUCCAUGUUGUAUAGCUUCACUGAACAUGUCAUCUUAACCAGAUGUAUAGAAAACAAUGCUCUAAUCUUCUUUUGUCGAGUGUUUAUGCUAUAUGCUCUUGAAGUUGUAGGCUCGGUUUGGUUGAAUGGAAAACAUUUAUUUAGUUU